CGGGCCGGCGGGCGGCCGCCGCGCCGCGCACCCAUGGACGGCCCGGCCAUCAUCACCCAGGUGACCAACCCCAAGGAGGACGAGGGCCGGGCGCCCGGCGCCGGCGAGAAAGCUUCCCAGAGCAGCGUCAGCUUGAAGAAACAGAGGAGCCGCAGCAUCCUCAGCUCCUUCUUCUGCUGCUUCCGGGACUAUAAUGUGGAUGCCCCGCCAGCUAGCAGCCCCAGUGUGCUCCCGCCCCUGCUGGAGGAGAACGGUGGGCUUCAGAAGGGUGACCAGAGGCAGGUCAUUCCCAUCCCAAGUCCACCAGCUAAGUACCUCCUUCCAGAGGUGACAGUGCUUGACUAUGGAAAGAAAUGUGUGGUCAUUGAUUUAGAUGAAACGUUGGUGCACAGUUCAUUCAAGCCUAUUAGUAAUGCCGAUUUUAUAGUUCCAGUUGAAAUCGAUGGAACUAUACAUCAGGUGUAUGUGCUGAAGCGGCCACAUGUGGACGAGUUCCUCCAGAGGAUGGGGCAGCUCUUCGAAUGCGUGCUCUUUACUGCCAGCUUGGCCAAGUAUGCAGACCCCGUGGCUGACCUGCUUGAUCGUUGGGGCGUGUUCCGGGCCCGACUCUUCCGUGAAUCAUGUGUUUUCCAUCGCGGAAAUUACGUGAAGGACCUGAGUCGCCUUGGUCGGGAGCUGAGCAAAGUGAUCAUCGUCGACAAUUCUCCUGCCUCGUACAUCUUCCACCCUGAGAAUGCCGUCCCCGUGCAGUCCUGGUUCGACGACAUGACCGACACGGAGCUGCUGGAUCUCAUUCCAUUCUUCGAGGGCCUGAGCCGGGAGGACGACGUGUACAGUAUGCUGCACAGACUCUGCAGCAGGUAGCCCCGGCCUGUGCCGCCCUGGGCACCUGCAUUCUUCAGCCUCCAGGGAGCAGAGAGGGCGGACACUCGGGGUGAAUGAGGCCAUACCUACCUGUUUUUAUUUUUUAAGAACAGAAGCAGCUAUUUUAAAAAAAAAUGAACUCUUUUAAUAGAUUUCAUAAAGGGACAUGCAUUUUACAUGGAUUUGCUUUUUAAAACAUACCAAAAGGAAAAAAGUAUAUAUAUAUACAUAUAUAUACACAUUAUAUAUAUGGGGGGCGGGGGGAAAGCUUGAUAUCUCUUGGACCUCCUUUCAACUGUCCUCCCCUCCAAGCAACUGGUCCCCGACUCUUCCAGCUCGGAGCAGCUCUCCCAGCUCACAAUCCUCUUUCCUACAGGAUGAAGUGCCUUUCUGAAAGUUAUUUUAAGCUGAGAGUUAAUUUUUCUACACAGCAUAUUUCCAGACAUCUUUUAGUCUUUUAUUGACUCAGAUUCUCUAAGAAGAUAAACACGACAAUUUUCUAGAACCGGGGGUGGGGGUGCAGGGGUGCUAAGAGGUGGGGCCGAGGGACGGGACAAGUCAGGAGCUCUUCCUCUGGAUGGCCUGGGCAAGCCACAGGGCUGAGCUCCCCACAGGACUCACCGUGACUGCGUCGUCAGCGUCUCUUUCAUUCCUGACCCAGUUUGGAAUGUGUCUGCAAUUGUGUGGCUCAACGCUUUAGAGAACAAUAGGUUCUUUUAUGUCCUUAUUUCCAAUGGGUGACAAGUUUUGUCUUGAGGGUCACAUUUUCCCCUUGAGAAGUGGCAUAAUUGUCACUUCUGCUUUGACACUACUGCCAUACUUCUCUGCAUUGUUUUCUUGAUAUCAUUUCAGAUAGAACAGUUACACGAAGCCCUUAAAAAAAAUAUCCUUGGAUUUUGGGGGGAGUUUUUUUAUUCUUUUUUGUUUGUUUUCCUUUACCGAAUUUCAAAUCUUUCCUUUCUGGAAGCUAGAUACACAAGGAGCUGUUAGGGAAUUUCCUUUGCUGCUACUCGCUGCCACCAAAUGGACUUGACCAGCGGCUGUCACACUGUUCCUUGCCACUGUGCCUAUGCUCAGAAUCUGCUCACUGCUAAGCUGCAAACUCAGACAGUCUCAGAAACACAGGCGUCUCGCCCCUUUAGCCGGCCGCCCCAACUGUCUCCCUCCCCUGGCACCAGCCGUGGGCAUUCCAGGGAUACAAAGACAGAAGAACAAGUGCAGCUCACAGAGGAGCCUCAACCCCACCAUCAGCUGACCACUGUCUUGUGAGAACCUGAGGUCUCACCCAGCCACCAAGCUGCUGUGGCCCUCAGUCCUCUUCUGGGGAGUACAGCUGUCGGAGCUGAGGGUCAGGGCAUUCUUUCCACACCAAGAUCCAUUGUCCCCAAGCCAGGGGGGAGGGGUUCCCCUUGUCUGCCUUCCCUAGUGAGCGAUUUUACGCAGUGCCAUGUUUCUUGCUUGACAAGAGAGUCGGUAAAAUAUUGCUCUGAAGAAUGAUUCAAAAGUUCCCUUUCUUGUUGGCAGCCACUGCCUUAGUCCACUGUGGGUUGGGCCUCUGCCAGUUCUGCUGGGAGCAACUGGCCUGAAGGAAAUUGGAAACUAGGGGUCAAGGUAAAAUUCCGUCUUUGCUGUCAUUCACGAAAUCACGAAGCCAGGUGCCACUCUCAUGCCCAGCAACACUGUCGUCUGUCUUUGGUGGCCUGCCGUGCACUGAGAAAAGAAGUAACUAUUCAGGAGUGACCAGGUCUCCUCAACCCUCUGCAUGUUAGCGCCCCACUAAUCCACAUGCCAAUUAAUUAAAGAGUCCCAUGCUAGGCCUUGCCACAAAGAAUGACAGUUAUGUGGCAGAUCUGCACAUGCCAUAAACCCUGAUUUGGAAAACCAGUCAUUAAAUGAACCCGCUGCCUUAAAAGUCUUGAAUGUUCGAGUCAAGUGUCUCUCAAAGUGUCGAAAUCCAUACGGAAAUCGAACCUGAUGAAUGAGCCUUAGACCCUCACCCAUGCCUCUGUUCCUCUGUUAGAGUCACACGGCCUCAUUGGAAUAGGAGAGGAGUGAACCUAGAAUAUUUCAGAGGAGCUGAACCUAGGAAUAGUGCCCCCCUUCUGAGAAAUGGAAUGGAGACAUUUGGCAGGCUGGAGCCAGACACUUCACCUCGUACUUCCUGAACCCGUGGGCGCCAUUGCUUCAGGCUCUGGAGAACUGCUGGGGUUGGGGCUGGUUCCUGCCAGGAUGGGGGUGGGUCACCAAACCUUCUGAGGGGUCUAGAUUCUGGGUACCUUAUUUGAUCACACUCCAAAAUUCCGUUUUGAAUUUAACCCUUGAUUCUGUUUUAUGUACAUAAUCAAAAUAUCUAUAUCUAUAAAUAUAUAUAUAUAUAUUUUUAGUCAUCUACAUGUAAAUGAAGCAAUAGAAUUCUAACAUAAAAAGGCCAAGAAAUGAGACGAAUGUUUGGGGAUUAUGGUGGGUGUUUUUUUUUUUAAGGUGAAUACGGGUAUUGUUUUUAAUGAUUACCUUUUAUUAAAUUGUGGGCUUUAAAACCUGAUAAAACCUGUUCAGCUAUUUUUCUGUGCCAUAUUCUUUCCAUGUUACCAAAACACUCUUCAGCCAAAAGAAAAGUCUGACCUCCUAAGUUCUCAUGGGCCUUUCUGUGCCAGGUUAAGAUAAAGUCUCCUGGAGUUUAAAAAGUAUUUGGAACAUUGAGAUUUGGGACAGAAUGCUUAAGUCCUGUACUUCGGCGUCUUCGAGUUUAUGAUAUCUCUCACCAGGCUCCAGUGGCAGUGCCCGAACAUGCUCAAGUCUUCCAUGGCUCUGGAGCCUGUGUGUGGGUCUGUGAGUUCACCCACUGGCCAUUUGCCAACAGUGUGUCUGCAUACUGAAAAGGAACACCGCCCCACCAGUCCCAGCUGUUGGUUGAUGGGGAAGCCCCUCUGACACUGUGCAGUUUUGAUGAGGUGAUUUCAGAACUUCACUUUGAAGACAGAAAGAUUCCCUAAUGGCACUGGCUCACCAUGGUUACGGCAUUUGAACUUGGUAUUUAAAAAAAAAAAAUCUAAGUUCAUAACCUGACAACAUUACCACCCUAUAUUUGAAAGACAGCUUUCUAACCAACAUCCUAAACCACACAGCCCUAUGUCAAACACUCGUGAUGUUUGUGCCUCUGCUUUCAAAGGUGCUGUGCCGGACAGUUGGCGUGCCAGCGCUCGGGAAGAGGGGAUGGCUUGACAUGCUUGACCUGUGUGCGACUGGCUGGCUGCCUCUGUUCCUCUUGUACUGUAAAUCCGACGUGUCUGAUCCUGUUCCCGUUCUCCAGGGGAGCUUCUCUGCAGACUUCACACCCGCCUGCUCACCAGCUCAUGGAGCCGGUGCCUGGGAUAGCCCUCGAUUUCUCUUGGACGUUUGAAUGUGAUGAGCAACCCAGCAUGACCUGGGAAAUGCUGUGUGUGGAAUGUGCACGUGUCCAGGGGCGCGCCUUGUUGGUCAAGACGUUUGCGAUGAUUUUCCUUCCUGCCAAAAAUAAACCAUGA